AUGAAUCACACCUCCCUUCUCACCAGACAAUUCCAGCGCCAUUUCUCAGCCUGCCCGAUCAAUCACCACCUCGACUCUUUCACCCGCCGCCUCUUCAAGCUCCCACCUCGCCCUCCCUCUCCCUCCCAACACCACAAUGACCUUGACUCCUUCCUCGCCUACGCACAGCGCACCUCACUCCCCCAAACAAGCACCUCCUACAUAGGCACCCAUUACGAAUACACCGUCCAGCAAACCCUCCGCCGCUCCGCCUUCGACCUCCACCGCGUCGGCGGCCGCGACGAUGCCGGCAUCGACCUCGUAGGCACCUGGCACCUCCCGCAACACGAACACCCGCUCCGCGUCUUCGUGCAGUGCAAGUCUCUCAAGACGAAGCUGGGGCCGAACCUCGUGCGCGAACUCGAGGGCACAUUCCGCCAGUCGGCGCCGGUGGGGUGGCGCGGCGUCGCCAAGGUCGGGGUCCUGGUUGGGCCGCGCGAGGCGACGAAGGGCGUCCGGGAGGCGAUGGCGCGCAGUGCGUGGCCGGUUCUAUGGAUGAUGGUCGAGCGGGACGGGGAGCUGCGGCAGGCGCUGUGGAAUGCGCGGGUGGAGGAGCUGGGGUUGGGGCCGUUGGGGGUGGAGAUGUUAUAUGGCGGUGGUGGGGGUGAUGGUGAUGUUGGGUCGCGCAAGCGGAUCGGCUUGACCUGGGAUGGGUGUCAAAUGCCAUCUAUGGAUCAGGUUGAGGAGCACAUGGCUCAGUUGCAGGCUGACUGGCUCCAGCUGUGGGAUUCGGGUGCCGACGCGCCCACGAGUCGCCAGGGUGAAUUAUUGGAUCUGAUACAGCGGCUGUAUCCUGAUGAGAAGCCGCUUUUGUCAGGGAAGGGGACGUGCAGCACUUUGACUGAUGCAGAUAGGGCGAAGGUCCUACAAUCGCUUCGGAACAAGUCACAGUCUUCUGGUGAGGAUAAUUGA